UAAUGAGCUUAAUGAGAGCCAGGGCUUAAGGAAAGGGCUCUCUCCAAGGAGCUCCUUUCCCUGGUGGGAGCCAGCACCAUCCUGCUGGGGGGGACAGCACCGCGACACACGGAGCCCCAAAAGCUCCUGGGAAAGGGGUUUUGGAGCAAGGAGCCUGCAGCAAAGGGGUGCCAAGGGCUCGGCGGCCGCCCCUGGGGAGCCCAUGAGCGAUCCGGAGGCUGUGGUUGAGGAGGAGAACCGCAUCCUGCAGCAGGAGCUGUCCCGUGUCGAGGACCUGCUGGCCCAGAGCCGGGCCGAGCGCGAUGAGUUGGCCAUCAAGUACAACGCCAUCAGCGAGAGGCUGGAGCAAACGCUGCGGCUGGAGGCGGGCGAGCGGGAUGCGGCGGAGAGCCGGAGCCUGGCGCAGCACAACAUCGAGCUGCGGCGCCUGCUGGAGGAGGAACAAGCCGCCUACAAGCGCAAGCUGCAGGCGUACCAGGAGGGCCAGCAGCGCCAGGCCCAGCUGGUGCAGAAGCUCCAAGCCAAGGUGUUGCAGUAUAAGAAGAAAUGCGGUGAAGUGGAGCAGCAGCUGCUGGAGAAGGCGACAGAGCUGGAGCAGGAGAGGCUGACGAGCCAGCUGGAUGUGAGCGGUGUGCAGCCGGAGGAGGAGAGCAGCAACGAGCUGGAGAAUGCCCUGAUCCGGCUGGAAGAGGAGCAGCAGAGGAGCAGCAGCCUGGUGCAGGUGAACUCGAUGCUGCGGGAGCAGCUGGAACAAGCCAACGUGGCCAACGCGGCGCUGAGCGAGGACAUCCGCAAGCUGACGGCCGACUGGGCACGGGCGCGGGAUGAGCUGGAGCAGCGAGAGGCAGAGUGGAGGCGCGAGGAGGAGACCUUCAACACCUACUUCAGCAACGAGCACAGCCGGCUCCUGACCCUCUGGAGGCAGGUGGUGGCCUUCAGGCGGCACUUCGGGGAGAUGAAAGCCACCACGGAGCGGGACCUGUCGGAGCUGAGCCACGAGGCGUCGCGGGCGGGCAGGGCUGCCCAUGCCGCCUGCCUGCACCUCGCUGCCAACCUGCGCCUGGCCGAGAGCCACGCGGGCGCCGCACGGGAGCAGCAGGAGCUGCGGCUGGCGCAGCUGCAGGAGCAGUUGGCGGCGCGGGCGCGGGAUGCGGAGCUGGAGAGAGCAGCCCUCGAAGCCAAGCUGUCGGAGCAGGCGUUGGCUCUGGAGCGGCUGCGGGAGGAGAACGUGGAGAAGGAGCGAGCAGUAGAACAGCUGAAGCUGCAGCUGCAGAGCCUGGAGGCUGCACGUGCCCAGGAUCCGUCUCCAGCAGAGGUGGAAUCGCUGCGCUCGGAGGUGGAGCUGCUCCAACAGACACUGCAGGAUGUCACCCAGGCCGUGCUGGCGGAUGAUCCUGAGCAGCCCCCGCUGUCCCCCCCGUGUCCCCCCACAUCCCCUCACCGCAGCCUCUCGCCCAGCGCCGCUGCUGCAGCUGUACACGGUGCCCUGUGCCGCCGCCAGCUCCAGCUGCAGGAUGCCCGGGGCCAGGCAGACACCAGCCGGGAGCUGGCCGGGAGCCUGCGGCGGCAGCUGGAGGACAGCGAGAGGCGUCUGGGGACGCUGCAGCGGCAGCUGGAGCAGCUCAGUGCUGAGGCUGAGGUCCUGCGCAGGGAGCGGCAGCGCGCGGAGGAGGCGCUGGCGGGGGAGCAGCAGCGCGCGGGGGCCCUGCAGCAGGAGCGGGCGCAGCUGCAGCGCCGGGGCGAGGGGCUGGAGGAUGCGCGGGACGAGGCCGCCCGCGCCGCAGAGACCGCCCGGGGGCAGCUGGAGCGCAGCCAGCAGCAGCUGGAGGAGCUGGAGGCGCAGCGUGCUGCGGUGCAGCAGGAGCUGCUGGAGGCGCGGGAGGCGCUGAGCCGGGUGGCGCUGGAGGCCGAGGUGGCGCGGGGCGAGCGGGAGGCGCUGGCUGAGGCGCUGAGCAAGGCGCAGGGGAACUGCGGGUCGCUGGCAGCGGCGCUGCGGGAGGCACAAGCGGAGGGCUCCCGGCUGCGGGACGCGCUGGCCAAGACGAGCGAGCUGGCGGCGGGGCUGGCGCGGGACAAGGCGGAGCUGAGCCGGGGCCUGGCGCGGCUGGAGGCGGAGCGGGACAGCGGCAGCGUGCGGGAGCUGCGGCAGGAGCUGGCGCUGCUGCGGGCGCGGCUGGAGCGCGGGCAACGCGCCGGGGCCGUGGAGCGGCUGCGGCUGCAGCGGGCGCGCAGGGCGGCGGAGGAGCAGCGCUGCGGGGGGCUGCGGGACGAGCUGCGGGUGCUGCAGGACCAGCACCAGCGCCUGCGCCAGCACCUCGGGCAGGCGGUGCAGGAGCAGAGUGCGGCGGGCGAGGCGCUGGCGCAGGCACGGGCAGAGCAGGAGCGGCUGCGGGAGGACCUGCUGCGGCUGAGCCGGGCCCGCGAGGGGCUGGCCAAGGAGGGGGCCAGCCUGGCCGUGCAGCUCGCUGCUGCCCAGCGCCACGGACAGGAUCGGGCCCAGGAGGCGGCCGGGCUCAGGUCAGAGAAGGAGGGGCUGGAGAGCAGCAUCUUCCAGCUGCAGCAGCAGCUCACCCAGCUCGAUGCCCGCAACCAGCAGCUGGAGGCUGAGGGACGGAGCCUGCUCCAGGCCAAGGAGGCACUGGAGGCGGAGCUGGGCGCCGCGCGGCUGGAGCGGGAGCGGGAGCUGCAGAGCCGGCGCGAGGCCGUGGCCGCGGCCGAGACCGCGGCGGUGACGGUGGCCCUGCAGCGCGCCCGCGACGGGCACCGCGCCGAGCUCGACCGCCUGCAGCACGAGAAGGAGGAGCUGGAAGCUGAGCGGGGCCGGCUGGCGCGGGAGCAGGAGGAGCUGGCAGCCGAGCUGGCGGCGAUGCGGCAGCAGCAGGAGAGUGAGAAGCAGCGGGCGCUGGCGCUGCAGGAGGAGGAGAGGGCGGCGCUGGCUGAGGCGCUGCAGCGGCUGCAGCGGGGCCUGGCCGAGGCCACGGCCGAGCUCGAGCAGCAGCGCCGGGAGGUCUCCAGCCACCAGGAGAAGGAGGAGAGCCUGGCAGCGGAGCUGCGCAGCCUGCGGGCGCAGGCAGAGGAGACAGCGGCGACCCAUGAGCGGGAGGCAAAAACCCUCCGUGACCAAGUGACAGCAGCAGCCAAGCAGCGGGAUGGAGCCCUGCGGGAGGCAGAGGAUGCGCGGGCGCAGCUGCGGCUGGUGGCGGAGGCGCGGGCCGCGGGGCGGCGGGAGCUGCUGCAGGCGCAGCGGGAGGCGCGGGAGAGCCGGGAAGGCCGGGAAGCGCAGCGGCGGCAGGCGCAGGAGGCGCGCCGGGCGCUGGGGGACGAGGCGAGGGAGAAGGAGGCGCUGCGGCGGUCCAACGAGGAGCUGCGGGCGGCGCUGCGCCGCGCCGAGGGCGAGCGCAUCAGCCUGAAGCGUGCCGGUGAGGAGAAGGAGCAGCGCCUGGCGCUGGUGGAGGACGGGCGGGCGGCCGCGGAGCGGGAGGUGACAGAGCUGCGGGCGGCGCUGCGGGAGCUGGAGCGCGCCCGCCUCGAUGCGCGCCGUGAGCUGCAGGAGCUGCGCCGCCAGGUGAAGGACCUGGACAGUGAGAACAGCAGGAGGAGCAGGGAGCUGGGCGAGCUGCAGGCGCGCGUGGCCGUGGAGGAGCAGCGGGAGCAGGAGAGCCGCCGCGAAGCCUUCGGCCUCAGGCAGAAGGUGGCAGAGAGCGAGGCCGGGACGGAGGCUGCCAAGAAGGAGCUCCAGCACCUGCAGCAGCGGCUCUCGGAGGCGGAGGCCGAGUUCCGGCAGCGGGAGAAGGACCUGGCCCGCAGCCUGGAGGAGGCUCGAGGCAACGAGAAGAAGCUGUUGGCCGAUGCCCGCAACCUGCAGCUGAAGGUGGACGCGGCGCGGGGCGAAGCGGCCGAGCUGAGCCUGCGCCUGAGCGCGGCCGAGGGCCGGGCGCAGGGGCUGGAAGCGGAGCUGGCGCGUGGUGAGGAGCUGCGCCGGGCCACCGAGACCCGCCUGGGGGGCAUCCAGUCCGCCCUGCGCCGCACCAUGGGCAUCGGCCGCGCUCGGGCCGGCUCCCCCGGCAAGGGUGGGGGACUGGAGGGGUCAUUGAGCCCCGGCUCAUCCCCGGACCCUGACGCAGCAUCUGAGCCCGAGGCGGUGCGGGCAGCGCUGCGGGACUUCCUGCGCGAGCUGCAGGAUGCGCAGCGGGAGCGGGAGGAGCUGCGGGUGCAGGUGGGUAGCCUGGGCCGGCGGCUGGCGGAGGCAGAGGAGCAGCGGCACAGCGCCAGCGCCCGGAUGCAGCAGCUCCAGAAGCUGGUGGCUGAGAGUGAGGAAGGGCGCCGCAGCGGCGGGGAGCUGAGCAGCACGCAGGCAGCGCUGCUGCUGCAGGAGGAGACGCUGCAGCGGGGCGAGCGGGAGCGCCGGGCGCUGCAGGACAAGGUGACGGCGCUGCAGCAGAGCCUGCGCGCUGCCGAGGGCGAGCGCCGCGCCGCCCAGGAGAGGAUGAGCGCGGCGCGAGCCGGGGAGCUGAAGGAUGCCAAGAGGAGGUUGGAGGUGGCUGAGAGCAGGAGCUCGCGCCUGGAGCUGCAGCAGCGGGUGCUGGAGGGUGAGCUGCAGCGCGCACGCAUGGCCCUGGGCGAGCGGCAGGCCGAGGCGCAGGUGAUGCAGGACCGCGCCGAGCUGCUGCAGAAACAGCUGGCAGAGAGCGAGCAGCGCGCUGGCACCUUGCAGCAGGCGAUGCAGCGCCUGAGCACGGCGUUGAUGGACACCAGCUCCAAGGAUGCUGCGGCGUUGGCUGAUGGCACCGUGGUCCACGAGCGGCUGCUGCAGCUGCAGAGCGCGCUGGCCGCGGGCGAGCAGGACCGCCGGGCACUGCAGGAGGGGCUGGAGGUGGCACGGCGGGCACUGGCCGAGGCGCGGGAGGAGAAGGGGGCGCUGCGGGAGCAGCUGCGGGAGCUGCGGCAGGAGCGGGAGGCCCUGCAGCAGAGCAGGGACGAGCUGGAGGCGCAGGUCCAGCAGCAGCAGGAGGCGCUGCUGCAGCAGCAGCAGCAGGAGGAGCACGGGGCGCUGCAGCAGGAGCCCGGGGGGCUGCAGCGGGAGCCCGGGGGGCUGCAGGAGCAGCACGGGGGGCUGCAGCAGCGGGUGAGCAGCCUGCAGCACGCCCUGGCCCGCGCGCAGCGGGAGCGGCGGGAGGCCGAGCGCGUCGCCCUGCGCCUCGAGAAGGACAAGGGCGCCCUGAAGAAGACCCUGGACAAGGUGGAGCGGGAGAAGCUGCAGGCGCAGGAGGCCUCGCUGCGGCUCUCUGCGGAGCAGGGCCGGCUGCACCGCUCCCUGCGCGCGGCACAGCAGGAGCUGGCGGAGGCGCAGCAGCGUGUCCGCAUGCUGCAGGCGUUGGCGCUGGAGCACCCAUCUCCACCGAGUUCCAGGCCCUCUGCGGAGCUGCAGCGGGAGCUGGAGGCUCGGGAGCGCAUCCACCACCACCGCAUCCGUGGCCUGGAGGAGCAGAUCACGCUGCUGAAGGGGCAGGAGCUCCACCGUCACCCCACCAGCAUCUAAGGACCCUCCAUGGACCAGGCUGGAUGCGGCUCUGGGCAACCUGCUCUAGUUGAAGAUGUCCCUGCUCAUUGCGGGGGGGUUGGACUCGAUGAGCUUUGAAGGUCUUUUCCAACCCAAACUGUUCGAUGAUGCUCUGCCACCUGCAGAGACUGGCACAACUCAUUGCAUGGGUGAGGGAGGAACCAUUCCCCAUCCCCAUGCUCAAAACCCACAUCCGUUUGUGUCUCAUCAUCCCCUUUUCUUGCACUUUACCAACGAGACGACAACACUCGUGUAUUUUUGAUACAAAUUGGGUGGUUUUUCCCAUUUUCUUAUGGCUAUUUUUAACAAAAGGUUUGGAAUUACUCCUGGUUUUCAGCCCUGUCUUGGCGCCAACCAAGCUACUUGAUUUAUCCCCCCCCAAUCCGUGAUGUUUCACAAUCCCCACCACUCACUGGAUCCUAAUUUUCCCGUUUUUCUAACCAAAAAAUGACUCUAGGUCGGUGCUUUUGGUCUUAUUUUUAGCAAAUAGAGGAUUUUUAUAUCACUAUUUUUGGAGCUUGAGGUUUUUACUGGUGCUACUGGGUGGCCUGAGGUUAGGGUCUGAGCCAAGCCCUGAUGGGGGGGCUUUGAGCCUGGCCCCGACCAGUGUCAGUCCCGGCCCUAUUCAAUGUGGAUAAGCCCAAACUGGAAGCCCAAGAGGAUGUUUUUUGUGGGGGCAACAGUGUUUUGGGGAUGCCCAAAGGGGUGUUCAUUGGGAGAGUGGGAUUGAUUCAGGUCCCUUAAAAAAAAUAGUAAUAAUAAGCAAUAAUAAAUAAUAAGAUACAUUAAUAAACAAUAAUAAUUAA